CGGAGCUGCGGGCCGGCUGGGCCGCGCGCGUCCUUCCCCUCGGCGCGCGCUUGCCCGGGGAGCCGGGAGGGCCCGGCGAUCGCGCCGCGGCCGCCGCGAUUGUGUGAGCGCGCGUGGGCGCCCGCCGAGUCGGGGCCAUGGUGCAGCAGACCAACAACGCCGAGAACACGGAGGCGCUGCUGGCCGGCGAGAGCUCGGACUCGGGCGCCGGCCUGGAGCUGGGCAUCGCCUCGUCGCCCACGCCCGGCUCCACCGCCUCCACGGGCGGCAAGGCCGACGACCCGAGCUGGUGCAAGACGCCCAGCGGGCACAUCAAGCGGCCCAUGAACGCCUUUAUGGUGUGGUCGCAGAUCGAGCGGCGCAAGAUCAUGGAGCAGUCGCCCGACAUGCACAACGCCGAGAUCUCCAAGCGGCUGGGCAAGCGCUGGAAGCUGCUCAAAGACAGCGACAAGAUCCCGUUCAUCCGGGAGGCGGAGCGGCUGCGCCUCAAGCACAUGGCCGACUACCCCGACUACAAGUACCGGCCCAGGAAGAAGGUGAAGUCGGCCAACGCCGGGGCCGGCGGCGCUGCCGCCGCCGCCUCCAAGACCGGGGAGAAGGGAGACAAGGUCGGGGGCGGCGGCGGCGGCCACGGGGGUGGCGGCGGUGCGGGGGGUGGCGCGGGCGGCGGCGCCGGCGCCAAAGCCGCGCCGAAGAAGAGCUGCGGCUCCAAGGGCGCGGGCGGCGCGGGCGGCAAGCCGCACGCCAAGCUGGUCCUGGCGGGCGGCGGCGGGAAGGCGGCGGCCGAGCAGGCGGGGGCGGCCGCGCUGCUGCCCCUGGGCGCCGCCGCCGCCGACCACCACGCGCUGUUCAGGGCGCGGACUCCCGGCGCCGCGGCCGCGGCCUCCGCGGCGGCCCCGGCCGGCGCCAGCCUCGCGGCGCCCGGCAAGCCCGCGGCCGACCGCAAGGUGAAGCGCGUCUACCUGUUCGGCGGCCUGGGCGCGUCGCCGCCGCCCGUCGGCGGAGCGGGCGCGGGCGCCGACCCCGGCGACCCCCUGGGCCCGUACGAGGAGGGCGGCACCGGCCGCUCGCCCGAAGGGCCGGGCUUGAUCGGCCGCAGCAGCGUCGCCUCGUCGCCCGCCGACGGCCGCAGCUACGCCGGCCUGCGCGCCGCCUCGCCCGCCCCGUCCAGCGCGCCCUCGCGCGCGUCCUCCUCGGCCUCGUCGCGCUCGUCCGCCUGCUCGUCCGCGGGCUCCUCGUCCUCCGACGACGAGCUCGAGGACGACCCGCUCGACCUGAACCCCAGCUCAAACUUUGAGAGCAUGUCCUUGGGCAGCUUCAGUUCGUCGUCGGCGCUGGACCGGGACCUGGACUUGAGCCUGGAGCCGGGCGCGGGCUCGCACUUCGAGUUCCCGGACUACUGCACGCCCGAGGUGAGCGAGAUGAUCUCGGGGGACUGGCUGGAGUCCAGCAUCUCCAACCUGGUGUUCACCUACUGAGGCGGGGGCCGCGGGGCCCGGGCCGGACAGAGAGGCGCGGGCGCGGGGAGCGCCCCGGCCCCUGCGCGGAGCCCCGGCGGCCCGCGCCCCGCCGCCGGGCGGGCUUCCCGGGCGCCGCCCCUCGGCCCCCGCUGCUCUCGUUUCGGUUCGCUUUGUUUGCCGGUCGGGCGAGGAGGGAGGAGGCCCCGCGCGCCCGAGAACUGGCCCUCCGGCCCCGGCAGCCCUUCCCGAGGAGGACGGAGGCCGCGCCCGACGGACGGCGGGCCUCGGGGAGGCGCGGGCUGGGCCGGGGCCGAGGGACCCCGCCGCGGAGGCGCGGCGGGCCGGCGGGUCCCCAGAGCAUGUUCCCCGUCCCCGCGGGUUCCGGCCGCGGCUGGGGGGCGGCCUCCCGGGUAGUGUAGGUAAGUAAGCGGAUAGAUGGCGCUAUGUUCGAUUCCUGCGACGAAAUGAUCACCAGCUUUUUUUCAUUCUUAACUCUUUAAAGGAUUCAGACGCAACUCAAAUCUGUGCUGGACUUUAAAAACCAAUUCAGGACCAAAUUUUUUCUCGGUGUGUCUGUGUUUCUUCCUUGCAGGUGUACAUGAGAAGACGCGUUUCCUUCCCUCACCGACGCUCCAUCCUCGUAUUUGUUUCCUUGUAAAUGUAAUUAGAUGCCAUUUUAUAUGUGGACGUAUUUAUACCGGCCAAACAUUGUUUUUUUUUUUUUUUUACUUUAAACCUUUUUUCUUUCCUUUCUUUGGCUUCCUUUUAAUUUUCCCUUCCUUUAUUUCUUCCUUCCUUCCUUUUUUUUUCUUUUUCCUUUUUCUUUCUUUCUAUUUUUUAAUUUUUUAAUUUUUUUUUGGUAGUUGUCGUUACCCACGCCAUUUUACGUCUCCUUCACUGAAGGGCUAGAGUUUUAACUUUUAAUUUUUUAUAUUUAAAUGUAGACUUUUGACACUUUUAAAAAAACAAAAAAAGACAAGAGAGAUGAAAACGUUUGAUUAUUUUCUCAGUGUAUUUUUGUAAAAAAUAUAUAAAGGGGGUGUUAAUCGGUGUAAAUCGCUGUUUGGAUUUCCUGAUUUUAUAAUAGGGCGGCUGGUUAAUAUCUCACAGUUUAAAAAAUCAGCCCCUGAUUUCUCCAUGUUUACACUUCAAUCUGCAGGCUUCUUAAAGUGACAGUAUCCCUUAACCCGCCACCAGUGUCCCCCGCUCGACCCCAGUCUUCUACAAAGGGGAGUAGAAUUAGCCACACGCACUAUGCCUUCAAGAAAAACAAAAUUUUUUAGACAAAAUACUGUUCUGUCGAGAGGCUUUAAUACUGGUGCAUUUACAACAAAAAGGGAUCCUGUAGCUUUAACUCGUAAACCACAUCUUUUUUGCACUUUUUUUAUAAGCAAAAACGUGCCGUUUAAACCACUGGAUCUAUCUAAAUGCCGAUUUGAGUUCGCGACACUAUGUACUGCGUUUUUCAUUCUUGUAUUUGACUAUUUAAUCCUUUUCUACUUGUCGCUAAAUAUAAUUGUUUUAGUCUUAUGGCAUGAUGAUAGCAUAUGUGUUCAGGUUUAUAGCUGUUGUGUUUAAAGAUUGAAAAAAGUGGAAAACAUCUUUGUACAUUUAAGUCUGUAUUAUAAUAAGCAAAAAGAUUGUGUGUAUGUAUGUUUAAUAUAACAUGACAGGCACUAGGAGCCUGCCUUUUAAGGCAGUUCCGUUAAGGGUUUUUGUUGAGCUUUUUUUUUUUUGCCAUCCAUCCUGUGCAAUAUGCCGUGUAGAAUAUUUGUCCUAAACUUCAAGGCCACAAAAAACAAUGUUUGGGGGAUAAAAAGAGAAAAUCAUACCAGCUAAUCAUGUCAAGUUCACUGCCUGUCAGAUUGUUGAUAUAUACCUUCUGUAAAUAACUUUUUUUGAGAAGGAAAUAAAAUCAGCUGGAACUGAACCCUAAA